AUGUCUCCUACGUGGGUUCGUUUUCAAAGUCCAGCUGGUACAAUACUUCCAACAUCGCCACCAGCUACAAAUCAUUGUAAUACAGCAGGUGAUAUAUUUACAAUAUUACAUACAUAUAUUGGUUUAAAUCAACGAUUAAAUCAAAUUCUUAUAAAUAAAAGUUUGCAUUUAUUAACUGAUUUUUUUAAUGCUAAUAUAUUUCAACAAGUAUCCAAACAAUUUUUAUCUAUAAAUACGCCAAUCGAUAAAAUUCAACUUUCUAAACUUUUACAACCAUUAAUUUGUUUUCAUCUACAACAAAAAUAUAUUCAAUUCAGUCAAAAAUUGACUAAGAAUGAAAUAAUUCAGUUAGAUGAUGAAUUAAAAAUACAAUUUUAUUGUUUAUACAAAAAUCCGUUGACUAUGAAAUGUAAUAAACAUAUCGAAUCAUUAAUUUUAACAAAAGGUGCUCGUCAAGAUCCAUUUGCUAGAUUUAAUUUUACUAAAGCUGUUAAUCAAUUACUUCUUUCUCAUAUUAACGAUAUUCAAUUUAAAUGUAAUUCAUGUUUACAAUUAUUCAAAAUUCUACUUAUUUCAAAUCCGUUUCUAUCAACAGAUCUACAUGAUGUUGGCAAUGCUGGAUUCAGAUCAGAAUAUUUUCUUCUACAUAAUCUUUAUUCUUUAGAAUAUUAUCAUUAG